GAGGAGGAGGAGGAGGAAGAGGGAGGAGGGAGCAGCAGCAGGAGGAGCAGCGGGAGGAGCAGCAGCCGCCGCGAUGCCGAGCAAGAAGAAGAAGUACAAUGCGCGCUUCCCCCCGGCGAGGAUCAAGAAGAUCAUGCAGACGGACGAGGAGAUCGGGAAGGUGGCGGCGGCCGUGCCGGUCAUCAUCUCCCGGGCCCUGGAGCUCUUCCUGGAGUCGCUGCUGAAGAAGGCCUGCCAGGUCACCCAGGCCCGCAACGCCAAGACCAUGACCACCUCGCAUCUGAAGCAGUGCAUUGAGCUGGAGCAGCAGUUUGACUUCCUGAAGGACCUGGUGGCCUCGGUGCCGGACAUGCAGGGAGACGGAGAGGACAACCACGUGGAUGGGGACAAGGGAACCCGCAGGGGCCGGAAGUCCGGCAGCGGGCGGAAGAACGGCGGAGCCGGCGGGAAAGGGAAGGAUAAGAAGCAGUCGGGGACGGACUCCGAGCAGGAGGACGACUCGGAGGGCACGGAGACGGACGGGGAGGAGGAGACGGCGCCGCUACCGCCCCAGGCCGGCAGACCCCCCCCGCCCCGGUUCCAGAGCCCCCCGACCCCUUUCCUGCCUUUCACCUCAACCCUGCCCCUGCCCCCGCCGCCCCCCGCUCCCGCCGCUGCUGACGAAGAAGAAGAUUAUGACUCAUAGCCCGCCCCCCCCCAGCCCCGCACCCCCUUUUAGUU